UGGAAAGCCAUGGCGUCCUCUCCCGGUCCUGCCGGCGUUGGAGGCGCCGGAACGUUCCUUGGCUCUGGCCCGUUGGGCUUCGCCUUCGACUCAGGACUGGACAUCAAAACUCGCUCGGUGGAGCAAACCCUGCUCCCGCUGGUUUCUCAGAUCACCACACUAAUUAAUCAUAAAGAUAAUACCAAAAAAUCUGAAAAAACCCUGCAAGCAAUUCAGCGUGUGGGGCAAGCCGUCAACUUGGCAGUUGGAAGAUUUGUUAAAGUAGGGGAAGCUAUUGCCAAUGAAAACUGGGAUCUGAAAGAAGAAAUAAGUAUUGCCUGCAUCGAAGCUAAGCAAGCAGGUGAGACAAUCGCAGCUCUUACAGAUGUAACCAGCUUGAAUCAUCCAGAACCUGAUGGCCAGAUCACAGUUUUUACCGACAAGACGGGAGUCAUAAAGGCCGCACGAUUGCUCCUCUCUUCAGUGACAAAAGUACUGUUGCUGGCAGACCGUGUAGUUAUUAAGCAGAUAAUAGCGUCAAGAAAUAAGGAUUUGAAAGAUGAAAAGAAAAAGGCAAAAAUGGCAGCAGCAAGGGCAGUUCUCGAAAAAUGUACAAUGAUGCUUCUCACAGCGUCCAAGACAUGCCUCAGGCAUCCUACCUGUGAAUCUGCCCAUAAAAACAAAGAAGGCGUGUUCAACCGAAUGAAAGUGGCCUUGGAUAAGGUCAUUGACAUUGUGACCGACUGUAAACCAAAUGGAGAGAAUGACAUUUCAUCUGCCAGUAUUUGUACCGGAAUUAAAGAAUUCAAGAAUCUCUUCCUGAGGGAAAAGGCGACAGAGACCUGCUAUUCUCUUAGACUUUUCAUUGCUGAAAGGAACCUUAGAGAUUAUUUUUCUAAUUCUCUCCUUUUAUUAUAA